CCCCGCCCAUCUUCUUUUCUUUCUCUGUUACCCGUCUGCCCUAAUCUCUGCGAAACUGAAGUGUGAAGAAAAUCAGAAAAACCCCAAUCUCAAAAAACCCUUCCUCCCUCUCUCUCUCUCUCUCUCUCUCUCUCUCUCUCUCUCUCUCUCUCUCUCUCUCCGGUUCUUUUCGAUUUAUUUGUUCAAGUACAUAGAUAUAUAUACGUAGGUUCGUAGAUUGUAAGUAUCUGUGAGAAAAUAUACGAUAAUGAGUCGGAGCUUAGGAAUUCCGGUGAAGCUUCUGCACGAGGCUUCAGGGCACAUCGUGACGGUGGAGCUGAAGAGCGGCGAAGUGUACCGGGGAAGCAUGAUUGAGUGCGAGGAUAACUGGAAUUGUCAGCUCGAAAAUAUCACUUACACUGCUAAGGAUGGGAAGCUCUCACAACUCGAGCAUGUUUUUAUUAGAGGCAGCAAAGUGAGGUUUAUGGUGAUUCCAGAUAUGCUUAAAAACGCUCCAAUGUUUAAGCGUUUGGAAGCAAGGAUCAAGGGCAAGGGUUCAUCACUUGGAGUUGGACGUGGGCGUGCUGUUGCCAUGCGAGCUAGAGCUCAGGCUACUGGCCGUGGAGCUGCACCUGGUGGUAGGGGUGUUGUGCCACCUGUACGGAGAUGAUUAUACGAUUAUAUUACUCUGAUCCAUUCAACACUCUGUUUCUUUUUUCCCCUGCUUGCAGCAAGAAUUUUAGUGUGUGUGAUGACAACUUAUUUCCAGUUAUUACAUAUAUACCUGGGAAGUGACUAUUUUUUCUCGAACGGCUGUAACUGCAACUAGUAUUAAUAUUUUGAAUAGCUGAAGUAUGCAAUUUACAAAAAACUAUGUACUACCUUAUGCAGAUUCAGUGGUGUUUUUCAUCAGGGCAUAUUGAAAAUCCCAGACCUCUUCAAAA